GAAAUGUUUGUGCUUAUUUUGCACCAUAACUUAUGUGAAGAGUGUCAUUAUUUUAUUGUAUUAUUUCACUUCGGCACCCCUCCCUCCUUUAGACUUGGUUUGUUCCACUCCAGUUUGAAGCUCAGAGCGGGAGGAGUUUUCCCCAAUGUCGCUGUUGUGUUGUCGGAAGUUGACGUUUUGGGACUAAAAAUAAGCAUAAAUGACCCACAAUAAGUCUCUCCUUUUUUUAUUUCACAACGGCGACGAAGACUAUUAAAUAUGGAGAUAAAACGUUGGUUUUAAAUCUCACAGGUCGCCAAUGUAAGCGCUUGCUAGCUUAGCUUUGGCUGCGAUUUUCCAACAUUGUCGGAUAUGAAAAGCGUCGAGCUUCGUGUUUGAAUCUCUCACUCUCGCCCUGUCUCGCUCUCUUUCACACACACACAGUGUUACAGUAAAUAAUCGAUCAAGUUAUUAUUUUACAUCGAUAGGUCUUUUUUUUUCCUUCACGAAAUGGACGCGACGACUUGUUUGAAGUCUCUGCUGCUCGCCACGCAGCAGUAUGAAGGCGGCAGGAGCGCUCAAAAUGCGGCGCAGCUUCUUAAACAAGUGGAGGAGGUUUCCUCCCUCAAAUGUGACCAGCUGCUUUCUUCGGGUCAGCUGCUGCCCAUAGAGUGUGUCCGUGGGCUUGUGGAGCUCACCGGCAACGCAAACACCUGUCCCACCGUGGCCGGUGCCAUCUUAUCCCUACUGGCGCAGCUUGCUUGUGAUGAUGACAGCAGGAAGAUCCUACACUCUAACUUCAACCUCACCAGCAUCCUGGCCCUGCUUGUGCAUCGCCACAGUGCCACCCCCGGAGACCCUUUGAUACUGCAGAGUUUACAGUUGCUGCAGAAGCUAACCUACAGCACUCGCAUCUUCCCAUCCUCAAGCCACGUCCACGAGCUCAUCGGCUUCCUCAUGUCCAACAUCCAGUCGGAUUGCGAUGACAUCAUCAUGCCGUGCCUGGGCCUGAUGGCCAACCUUUGUCGAACUAACCCCGCCGUGCAGAGUCACAUCAAGUCUCUGGACACCGUGAAGCCGUUUUAUCGGACGCUGAUCCGCUUUCUGGCCCACAACAGUCUGACCGUGGUGGUCUUCACGUUGUCCAUCCUGGCCAGCCUGACUUUCAACGAGAAGGUCGGAGAGAAGCUCUUCGAUGCCAAAAACAUCCACCAGACCUUCCAGCUGGUCUUUAACAUCAUCGUCAACGGCGACGGCACGCUGACCCGAAAGUACUCGGUUGAUCUUCUGGUUGAUUUGUUGCAGAACCCAAAAAUUGCAGAUUAUCUCACUCGGUACCGGCACUUGUCAGCAUGCGUCGAUCAGAUUUUAGGACUGUUGCAGUCAAAAGAUGCCGACUCAGCAGCCAAGGUCCUGGAGCUACUCCUCGCCAUGUGCGGCGUGUCGGGUCUGCGGCCGCUGCUUUGCCGGGUACUCUUCAAACCGGCGACAGUCAAACUGAAGGCGGCGCCGGAGCACAAGGCCAAGCCUGGGCUGGCGCUGGUGCAGUGGAUCAGCUCGCCCGUGGCGGGCGCUGAGGCCUGCUCGCUCAAGGCGCUGCGGCUGCUCAAGGAGCUGCUGGAGGAGGCGUUGGGCGCCGCCAUCAUGCCAGACUCAACAGAGAGUUUUGUGGAGAUGCUACUUCCUGUCCUGCUGGACUUUGUCAAGGGCCUGGACCCGCCCUCCCAAGGAGAAGCCCAACUGAGACAACACUGCGAGUGCGUCACUCACAUCAACAGUGUGCUGCUCGUCAUGUGCAGCAAAGACGUCACACAGUCGCUGGUAUCAAACCAGGUGAGUGCCCAGCAGUGCCUUUUGCAGGUGGAAACACUUCUUGCUUGUUGUCACGGCAACAACGCCACGGCCUGCCUGCCCCCAGGCGCAGACAACAGCCUCAGUCAGGUGUGUGCGGAGGCUCUGCUCAGCACUUUGGUACUGAUGAGCAAACUGCGGCAGCAGGUCAAGGAUAUGGAGACCGGCUUCUACCGUACACUGCAGGACCAGAGGAUAGCCACGCCCCUCGCUCUGGCCCUGACCUCGCAUCACAGAGCGCACGUGCAGACCGGCCUCGCUCUGCUCUUAGAGGCCACGCCACUCCCGGACUUCCCCUCACUGGUGCUCGGGGACAGCAUGGCCGCCAACAACGCUUACCGGCAGAGGGAAGCCGAGGUGCCCGUCAAGCGUAUUCCCGUGCAGGAAUUCCCUCCUCCUCGGACAAACGUCAAUGGACUGGACAUGUCCGGCGCUUCCAGCGGCAUCCACAGCCUUGUGGAGAAGCUCCACGGCGUCUUGGAGCUGCAGGAGCCAGCCAAGGACAUGCACUUGUCUGACAUCAUCGACGUCUACGAGCAGAAGCUCACCGCCCUCGCCUCUGAGGAGAGUCGCCUUCAGGACCUGCUGGAAGCAAAAGCCGUGGCCCUGUCUCAGGCCGACCGCCUCAUCUCACAGUAUCACUUCCAACGAGCUCAGGCCGAGGCCGAGGCUCGCAAGCUAGCCAGCCUGCUCAAGGAGGCGGAGCGGCGGCGUGAAGUCCUUCAGGGCGAGCUUGGCGUGCAGCUGGAGGAGGCGCGACGCUCCAAGGCCGACACGGAGGAGCUCCUGCAGCACAACGCCAGACUUCAACUGGACUCGGAGGAGCACCAGACCCUCAAAGGCGCCUAUAACUCCCUGCUCCACAGGUUCGACGAGAGCGAGUCUCUUCUGAAGGAGCUUCAGGCGGAUCACGCCAACCUCAGCGAACACAACGACGCACUGAAGAAGAACCACCAAACUCUGCAGCUGCAGCACGACAAGACCGUGUCGCUUUUGAAGGAGAAGGAGGAUGAGAUCAAGUCGCUGCAUUCAGACAUGCGGUUGAAAGAAGAGGACAUAGCAGCUCUGCGAGGUGACCUCCGGGUGGCAGCGGACAAACGGAGGGAGAGUGAGCAGCAGAGGCGGGAGCUGGAGGACAUGCUGGAUGCUUUGAGGAAGGAGCUGAGCAAGACGGAGCAGGCCAGGAAGGACGCCAGCAUCAAGGCUUCGUCUCUGGAGCUGCAGAAGAGUCAGGUGGAGACCAAGCUCAAGCAGUGCGAGGACGAGCUCAACAAGCACUCGGCCAUGAUCGCCAUGAUCCACAGCCUGAGCAGCGGCAAGAAGAACGACGUCAACCUCUCGCUCUGAUGGCCACCAACAACAAACGCAGCAGACACAGCCACAACAACGGCAACUCAGCCCUGACCCAAAUGAUUUUUAAUGAAAACGACUCUUU